AUGCAGUACCAGCCGCCUACCGAAGUGAGACCCACUUUCCGAGGUUACGUCGAAACGACUAACGACGUAUUGCUCGUUGUUCAGGCGGUGUUGGACCAACGGCUACAGCGAGUCGCACGCCGACCCUAUGAAAUUGAAAGACCUCAUCUUAUAGUCUCAGGUAAUCUCUUCGUUUUCGUCGAAGAGACGUCCGGGAUUCGACGUUGGACUGACGGUAUUCCUUGGUCGCCCUCGCGAAUUUUGGGCAGUUUUCUCGUGUAUCGGGAACUCGACAAGAAACGACGUGCUCAACAAUUGACACAUGCGGGCCAUAAUCCUGGCUCAGGAUCCAGUCCGUCGUCGUCGUCGUCGUCUCUCUCAUCCGGAGGUUCCGCCAGUUUCCCAGCGCCUGUGGCCGCGUCUCCGUCGGAGAUUGCGUCGACUGCUACUUCCGCCACGGUUCCUACCACCAUUCCGACUACCGCUUCGCCGCCGCCUCCUAACGGUGUCAGCGGAGUCAACAAUGCCAACGGCCACUCAUUUCGACCCGGUGGCCUCACGAAGCGGGCCAUGUCCCUUCACCUACCCCAAUGUUAUAGCAAUGGCUUCGUUUCGCAACCCCAAACCAUCCACAUUGUAUCCUACUUCACCGCAGAAGACGUAAGUUCCGGAAGACUACUCACACCGUCCCAAGACCCCUUCCUCAAAGACAUUCAACCCUGUCAAGAGCUUCUUGAUGCACUUGAAAGGUCCUCAGCAGGCACGCAUUCACGGUCGACCAGUACAAGUGGUCAGAGACGUCCAAGUACCGAAUUCAAUACUCCAGUCCCACCCCUACCACAUCAACCCAUGUUCGUACCACCACCUUAUGCUAGCGGUCCCGCACGGACCAUGUUGGGCCCGUAUUCCAAUGUUCCCUUGAGUGGACUCUCGACGCCGACGUCUACCCCGGGUCUUCCCUUGUAUCCCAACCCCCAAAUAUACCAUGGCGGAUCCCCAAGUUAUUCGCAAGUCUUCGAUCAACAAGGGUUGGCACCAGCAGCGGCAUUUCGACCAAGAUUUCCGCCGUACCAACAUCUGGCCCGGGAGCCCAUGGUUAAUCCAAUGGGUACAGCAGACGUGCCAAUUCCAGUAGUGGCACCUCACAGAGUCGCUCACGGGGUGGCUCGCGGGGUGGCUCACGGGUUGACUCCUGGAAUUGCUCACGGUGUCUCUCUCGGUGCCCCUCAUGGUGCCCCUCAUGGUGUCGCACAUUUUGAUCGCAUUUCCGCCCCGAGAGAAGACGCUUCGUUCCACAAGCUGUCCCCAGUGCCAAUGUCAUUUCAAAAUGGUGUCUCGAGACCACUUCAAUUGCCGCCGCCAAACGGUUCGAGACCUGGAUCUCUAUUUUACCCAGUUGAUUUAUCAACUUCCUCCAAAGAGCACACCCCGGCUUCUGCGAUCCAGCUACCACUACCAAUUGCACGCCAAGAAGAACAAACGUCGCGGUUCUCAGCGCCAGUACCGCUACCCUCUGUGACAUCUACUACGUCUGCAUUGCCCCCGUCGUCCACAUCAAAAUUACCGAUUCAUACUACAAACUAUCAAGCAGACUCUAAAAAGCAUACGCAGUCUUCCGCUGCGAAGGCAUCACCUAUCGAUUCCAUUUUGAAUUCUUAA